AUGGGUUCAUGCUACAAUACAAAUAGAAGGAAGACAAGUGCUUAUGCUUUAAAAGAACUUUCUGAUUAUGAGAAGCUAAAGUUGAACUCACGGCACCGAUUCUGAAGCAAUAAAGCUCAGACGGCUCCAGAAUUAAAGCUAAGCGAAAAUCCUUUGCUUUUAAGAAGAAAGCUUCGAUAUCAAGAAAGUCAACAGACUCAAUGCAGUCAGAUGGACUUAAUGUCUCCUUCAAUAUCUUCCCAAUAUCUCACUGGAUCAUUGAGUCCAGAAUUAUUAAAUUAUUAA